GACAGGGGACAGCCGGCGGGGGCGGGAGGUUCGUGCCGGAGCGGGGGAACGGGGCCCGCAGCGGUGUGGGGGGCCAGGGCACCGCGCUCCCGGCGCUGCCGAGCCGUGUGUCAGCGCCUGCUCUGCUCCGAGGCGGCACCGACACCCCGCGCACCGGGCUGGAGUGUCCUUCCCAGCAUGGACCAUCCCGCCCCGCUGCUUUAGGAAACGGGAGGUGUGGAACUGGCCGCAGUGACAGCCGGCAGCACCUCCUGUCACAGCUGCCGUCAUCGCCCCUGCGUGUGGCAGCACUCGCCUCUCUCCGUGACUGCAGCCCCUGAGUCCCUGGGCUGGAGAAAGCCGAAAGCUUGGCCAUCCUGCAUCUUCCUCAAAGUACAAACACACCCAGUCCAGACUCAGAAUGAGCUGCAGGAGCCCUCCACGUCCGGCUGCUGGAGAUAAAGCAACUGGAUAAAUCUACUGGGACGAUAAAGAAUUCAAGUGGUUAAUUUGAGUUAAAAGUCUCUCUGCAGGUGGAGUGCCUCCUGUCCCUCAAGUGGCUCAGCAGAUUAGCCAGGAGGAAAACCAACAGCAAAAUGGACCAAAUUUGUCAAGUUUGCUUAAUUCCCUACCUGCUGCACACAGCAGCACCCCAGUGCUGCCCCAGCAGGCUGGGAUCAGAACCAUGUGCUUGUGGUCCCAGCUCCAGUUCCCUCACAACAACAGGUAUAUUUGUAUAUCAUACAGCAUUUAUAUUAUACAAUGUUUGUGUAUUAUCUUGUGUGGGAAGUGUUGACCUUUGUGUUUUGUGUGGAGACUUUGUGGAUGGCAGAAUUCAUCCAGCCUGGGGAGAAAGGAGCAAAUAAUCCCAGUAGCUUUUGCAGAAGGCUUUGCCAAACCUGAUAAUUUGCUCCAGACAGCUGUGGUAUAGCUCAGUUGGGUAUGAAUCUUUCUUUACAAAAAGACUUUGUAUUCAUUUAAAUUUAGAAUGCUCUGUGGGUACCUGUGUCUCUCAUUUGGUUUUAAUUAGUGCUGCAGAUAUACAGGAUUUUUCUUGACGAGAGGAAAGGGGUGAGAAGGAAUAAGACACAUUCUCUAGGGAAGUAGCAUUUGUUCUUGUAAUGAAGUCCUAGAAGGAGAUUUAAUUAAACAGAAUCCAUUAUUUUAAAUAUUUAUGUACCAUUUUAGAAGAAGUGGGGGGGAGGGAUGACAAUGAAAAUUUGUGCAGCUUGUGCUGACUUGCCUGCAAUUGCAGGAUUCUUACAUGUGUUGAUAAAAAUGCCAGAAACUAAAUGUAUUUUUAUAUGAACUUUUUAGAGAAUUUUGUCUAUCUGGCAGAGUAUUUAAAUUCUGUGAAAUUUCUCACUGAAUCAGCCAGCACUUCCGAUGAGAUCUAGGGGUGCUGUAUUUAAGAGGAAAAACAAAACUUCUCAAGGCUGAGUAGCUCUGCAUCCCAAGCUUCUCUGCUGAUUUCUCAUAUUACUGCUGCCUCACAAAGUCCUUCAGAGACUUUACAAAAAGCUGCACAAAAUGCAUUAUUCAUUAUCUUUUAAUAAAGUGCAACUUCAAACGCCAUGGAAUGUUUCCAAGGACUAAAUAAUUGUUUCUAUUGAUUAUCCAUAUAACAUUUUAACAUUUUUCACAGUGUCUGUCUUGCUUUUGUGUUGUGCAGUAGGAAACGUAAGUUUAAUUAUGUUUACUUGAAGGAAAAUGAAAUUCUGCAGUGAAUAACAGCACUGGGGAAAGAAGGUUUAUGGUCUCUGAAACAUCUGCCCAGUCUCCAUGAGGCCCCACAGCACAAAUCUCACCAUGAUUAUCUUUUGGAAGAAAUGCAGUGGAUGGAAACUGAUUUUUUUCAAGAAAGAUGAAAGAUGAUAACUGCCAAGAGAGUAACAUGAAUUUGAUAUUUUCAACCAGAAAAAAUAGGCAGCAUUUUCAUGGUUAGGAUGUGAUCACUGAGAAUCUGGGAGUUUGGGGUUGCCUCUCCACUGUUUGUAAACUUGAAACAGUACUCCUAGAGGGAUUGUAAUUAUUUUCUUUCUUUGGAAAUGUGCUCUUUAGAUAGGAUUGAGUAAAAACUUACAAUAAUUUUAUGGUUUCGUGUUAAGGUUAAUGUGUCAAGGUGGGUCUGGAAUACCAGUUCUAAAAGGGAAAUGUUUUAAUUACGAGCAUUGAAUUAACUGCAGAGCUUGUCCUUUGAGGGCGCUGCCCUGUUUGUGACUCCUGGUAAUAUGAUCACAAUGCUCUAUUUCCAUGGUGUGGGUUCUUGGAGCCUUUUAAAGUAACAGCAGCUGCUCUCUGCAGGGUCACAUGGCACACGGCUCUUCCACGUUCCACUUUAAUUCUGCCAUCAGCUGAGAGCUUUUUCAUCAUUCUCAGAUACUGUGGUGUUAUUACUAUUAUUUUUUUUUAACUAUAGCUGAAUAGCAGUAAAAUAUUUCUUUAUUUUGUGUUUGGUUGGGUUUUUUUGCUGUAAGUUUAGCACACAGACUGGCUCUCUUUGAUGUGAUUGGGAUGGAAAACCAAAUUACUUGCUACGAAGCACGAAUGCUGCCAAAACUGAAGGUAACUGGAAAUCUUAUUGAGGAGAUCUCCUGCUCCCCUUCAUCACCCAGACUUGAGCCAGUGAAGCUCAAAUCAAAUAGGGUAUCCCAGCAGAAAAAAGACAACUAAAAGAACACCUGGACAAAAUAUACUUCUGAAGUGAGUCUCAUUGUUCCAGAACACCCCUAUAUGGCAGAGACCUGUUGGAAACUUGCUCUUGGAUCAGGGAAAGAAAAAUCUCUCAGCAUUGUUGUGCCAGGAUUAACAAGUGGUGCUGGGCUGGCUUUGCAAGUUGCCUUCCAUAUUCCAGCACUUCAGAGGCUCCAAGGAUCCAUUGCAGGAAUUCAUUCUGACCCUGAAACAGCACCAGAUUGCCCUGAAAGAUGUUAUUACCAGAGACCUGUGUGUGUUCCCAGCUGUAGCUGCUGCUCCUCCUUGUUUGUAUGGAGCAAAUCCUCCUUGCACAUGGACCUGUGGAGUGAAGAUUUGCAGUUCAGUCUGGAGGAGCAGGGAUGGAGCAGUGGGGUUCAGGUGUUAAACACCCACCACUGGUUACACCUCUGUCCCAGGGCUGUCUCUGAGUGUGACCUGCAGAACCUUCAGGUUCUCAUCCAUAACCAGGCAAGCUGGGAGCUCUGGCUGUCCUGCUUUGGCAGCUGAAAGCAAAAGGGGAGAGCAGGUGCUGGUUUUGACACAGAUGAUUGCAAUGCUCAGCAUCCUGGAGCUUUUCCUGAAUUUCCAUUUCCUCACGUGAGUGAGAGUUAGUGAGAGUGGUGCUCACAGCUGGCAUUGUCUGCUCAGUCACACAGAUGUGAUUACUGUUGUCUUCUAUGACACUGAUUUAGAUCUGCUGAUGGACACAAAGACUAGGGGAUGGUGUUGAUGACAAUGACUAGUAGAAAAAGAAGUUCCUCAAAUAGAUUUCUCACAAAUGUAUUUCACGGGGACCUUCUUCUUAUCAAAGGCUCUGUGCUGACCUAUAGCCUUAAGGUAAAGCAGUGUAUACUGUCCAAGAAUCAAAUCUGUGCUCGUGCUGAUGUAAAGAAAAGCCUGAAGUGCUUCAGUAUCGCUCCAUCCGAUGUACGAGAAGUCCUUCCUCCUGUCCGUGUGGACCCUCCUGAGCAUCACUGCGCUCCCGUUGUCUCUCGUCCUGUUCCUGGCACCACCGAGCCUCUCUCACAGACAGGGAUGGGGGCCCCUCUCAGCCGCCUCUUCCCGAGGCCGAACAGCGCCGGCUCCCUGGGCCUGUCCCCGCCGGAGAGAGCCCCAGCCCGUUCCUCACCACCUUUGUUCCCCGGCUGGCCCCGCUCCAGGCGCUCCCGGGCUCUCCUGCCCUCAGGAGUACAAGCCCCGUGCGCUCCCAGUGCGGGUUUUCACACCGUGUCUUGAACACAAGCGACAGCCCUGCUCCCUGCGCGGACAGCAGCUACCCUUUGCUGUGUCCUUGCCCUCCCCUGCCUCUGCUACAAUAAAGAUCAUUUUGCUGCCCUAUCGCCGAGCCCGUUCCUAUCGCGACAGGCGCCGCGGGCCGCCCCCGCGGUGGGCGCAGGCGCGGAGCCGGCGCAGGCGCGGCGCGGCGCGCGGAGCCGGCGCAGGCGCGGCGGGACGCGGUUUGUCUCCUGCCGGCGCUGGUAGCGGCGCCCCCGCCCGCGCUUCCUGCCCGCAGCGAAUGGAACCCGCGGCGCCCGCGAGUAUACUGUAAAACCUUAGAUCAGUGAGGAUGCACCAUGGCAAUGGUCCUCAGAAUGCCCAGCGCCAGCUCCAGAGGUCCAGGUCCUUCACAGGCAGCGAGGGAGAGGAGCAGCAGGCGAAUUUACCGCAGUCCCCCGCAGCCUCUUUCGCGCCUUCCGCGAGCCCCUCGGCGCCGCAGUCGCCCAGUUACCAAAUCCAGCAGUUCAUCAUGAGCCGCAGCCCGGUGGCCGGGCAGAACGUGAACAUCACCCUGCAGAACGUGGGCCCGGUGGCCUCGGGGAACCAGCAGAUAACGCUCACGCCGCUGCCGCUGCCCAACCCGACAUCCCCGAGCUUUCAGUUCAGCCCGCAGCAGAGGCGCUUCGAGCAUGGCUCCCCCUCCUACAUCCAGGUCACCUCCCCGCUGCCGCAGCAGGUGCAGUCCCAGAGCCCCACGCAGCCCAACCCGGUGCCGGUGCAGGCGCUGCCCAGCGUGCGGGCAGGCACCCCCGGGCCCGGCCUGGGCAUGUGCAGCCAGAGCCCCACCAGAGGCUUUGUGGACGCCAGCGUGCUGGUGAGACAGAUCAGCCUGAGCCCUUCCAACGGCGGGCACUUUGUGUACCAGGAAGGGCCGGGAAUCGCACAGAUCGCUCAAGGAGCUGCUGCGCAGGUGCAGCUCCCGUCGUCCGGGGCGCCCGCCACGGUGAGGGAGCGCAGGCUCUCGCAGCCUCACUCGCAGUCCGGGGGCACCAUCCACCACCUCGGGCCUCAGAGCCCCGUGGCCAGCGGGGCGAAUAUGCAAUCCCUGACUAGCCCGGGCCACAUCACGACCACCAGCUUGCCACCCCAGAUCAGCAAUAUUAUCCAGGGGCAACUUAUGCAACAGCAGCAGCAAGUGCUUCAAGGGCAGCAGCUGAGCAGACCCAUUGGAUUUGACAGGACUUCUGGUGGAUUGAUAGCCGGAGUUGGAGGAGCGAGUGCGUUUGGAAUGACAUCACCUCCUCCUCCCACAAGUCCUUCACGGGCCACUGUGCCACAGGGGCUGUCGAGUCUUCCUCUCACUCCUACAGCUAGCACAGCAGUGAAAAAACAACCCAAAAAGUUGGAGGAGAUUCCUCCUGCCAACCAAGAAACUGCUCAAAUGAGAAAACUAUGUUUGGAUCAUCACCACAAGCAGAUGGAAAUGCUUAAGGAAACUUUUAAGGAAUGUUUGAUUGAACUGUUUUUCCUGCAACAUCUUCAAGGGAAUAUGAUGGACUUUUUGGCUUUUAAGAAGAAACAUUGUGUUCCUCUGCAAGCAUACCUGAGGCAAAAUGACUUGGAUCUGGAGGAGGAAGAAGAGGAGGAACAAUCUGAGGUCAUCAAUGAUGAGCAAACGCAUACAGGGACUCCAGCGCCGGGGACUGUGAGCACCAUAGAGAUUGAGGCUUUUAAGAGGCAGCAGCAGGCCCUUGCACCAGCAGAUUCGUCUAAGAGACCACGAAUUGAAGUGGGCCGUCAUGGGAUGGUCUUUCAGCACCCGGGUGUGGCUUCAGGAGUUCCUCUUCAACAGCUAAUGCCAACGGCACAAGGCGGGAUGCCCCCCACUCCGCAGACGGUGCAGCUGACGGGGCAGAAGCAGAGCCAGCAGCAGUACGACCCCUCCAAGGGCCCUCCGGUGCAGAACGCGGCCAGCCUGCACACGCCGCCGCCGCAGCUGCCGGCGCGCCUGCAGCCCGCCAGCGUGCCCAUGGCCUCGCUCCCGGCCGCCCUGCAGCUCCCGCAGCAGCAGCCCCAGCUCGUGGAAGCCCCGGCCCAGGCGCAGAUCCAGGUGAAGAUCCAGCCCCAGAGCGUGCCCCUGACGGCCGCGCCGCUGCCGGCGCCGCUGCAGCAGCAGGUGCCACCAGCCAUCCACGUGCAGGGACAGGCGCCCAGCCAAGCGUCGCAGCCGCAAGCCACGAUGCAGCAGCAGACUGUGACUCUGACACGACCAUCUGCAGAUCCUGCUCAGAGUUCUCAGCGUCUUGCAGCAAAUCCACUGCCACCUACCUCAUCCAUGGCUCCAGCAGCGAUCCCAGGCACAACACCGCCUUCUCCAUACCCAGUGCAAACAAACAGGACCUCUCCAGCUACCAACAAGUCCCUGUCUCCUGUUGCAUCCAAGCCUCCUGGCGUGGCAGUAGCAGCAGCAGCACCUAAAACACAAAGUCCAGCUCAGAAUGCAGCAGUGGUGCCACAGGAAAACUCUCAAGACAAGCUGGCUGAGCAAGUCAAGCUGGAAAAUCAAAUCCAUCAGCGGAUAGCAGAACUGAGAAAAGAAGGUUUAUGGUCCCCCAGGCGACUGCCUAAACUCCAAGAGGCUCCAAGACCAAAAUCCCACUGGGACUAUUUGCUGGAAGAAAUGCAGUGGAUGGCAACUGAUUUUGCUCAGGAGAGAAAGUGGAAGAUGGCAACUGCUAAGAAGAUGGUAAGAACUGUGGCUCGUUACCAUGAAGAAAAGAAACUUAAUGAAGAACGAGCUAAAAGGGAAGAACAGAACAAACUGAGGAGGAUUGCAGCAUCCAUUGCUAGAGAAAUAGAGUAUUUCUGGUCUAACAUUGAGCAGGUUGUUGAAAUUAAACUGCAAAUUGAAUUUCAAGAGAAAAGGAAAAAAGCUUUGAAUUUAAAGAGAUUUUCAAGGAAAGGUAAGGAUACAAAAGAAGACCUUUAUUUGGAAAAAGACAGUGAAAUGGGGGGUUCAUCAUCUGGAAGGAAAAGAAAGGCAAGCACAUCUUUGACUGAUGAGGAGGUUGAAGAUGAAGAAGAAACAAUUGAAGAACAAGAAGCUAAAGAAGGGAACAUAAACCAUCAAACUGAAUUGUCUAAUCUAGCCAAAGAAGCUGAAUUGCCUCUGGAAGAUUUGGUAAAGAUGUAUGAAGGUGCCUUUGCAGAAAAUUUUCACUGGCCCCAGCCAAAGCCUGACAGUGAAGAGGAGAGCAGUGAGGAAGAAAUGGAAGAGCACAUGUCUGACAGGGAAAGUCCCCAGAAAGAAGUUGUGCUCAUAGACUCCCUUCUCACCAUCGAGCAGUACAAGGGCAUGGACAGGUCGAGUCCUCCCAAGAAACACGUGCGAGACAUAGCAGAGGUUGCUGCUGCAGCAGAGAUGUUGUUACCUAAAGGCAGCUCCAGGAUAACAACAGCAGUAAAAUACAACACUCCAUCACUGUUGUAUGGGUCUCUCAGAGAAUAUCAGAAGAUUGGGCUGGAUUGGCUGGCAAAGCUGUAUAGGAAGAAUCUCAAUGGCAUCUUGGCAGAUGAGGCAGGACUUGGAAAAACAGUGCAAAUUAUUGCCUUUUUUGCCCAUUUGGCUUGUAAUGAAGGGAACUGGGGCCCUCACCUUGUUGUUGUCCGGAGCUGUAACAUUUUGAAAUGGGAGCUGGAAUUGAAACGCUGGUGCCCAGGGUUGAAAAUACUUCUCUACUUUGGGAGCCAAAGAGAACUUAGGGCAAAAAGACAGGAAUGGACAGAACCCAACAGCUUCAAUGUGUGCAUCACUUCCUACAAGCAGCUGUUCAAAGGCCACACAGCAUUCAUGAAAAUGCGAUGGAAAUACUUAAUAGUAGAUGAGAUGCAGCAAAUAAAGAAUAUGACUGAGAAACACUGGGAGGCACUUUUCAGUCUCCGCAGCCAGCAUCGUUUGCUUCUGAUAGACACUCCUUUGCAUAACACAUUGAUGGAGCUGUGGACCAUGGUACAUUUUUUGAUUCCGGGAAUUUCCAGACCGUACCUGGAUUUUCCAGUUAAGGCACCUAAUGAGGAGAACCAGGAUUAUUGCCAUAAACUGGUCAUCAGGUUGCACAGAAUGAUUCAGCCGUUUAUUUUGCGGAGAUCAAAGAGGGAUGUUGAAAAGCAGCUCACCAAGAAAUACGAACACGUGCUCAAGUGCCGUCUGUCUAGUCGACAAAAAGCCAUGUAUGAGGAUGUCAUAUUACAGCCAGGAACCCAGGAAGCCCUCAAAAGUGGACACUUCAUCAGUGUCCUGCACGUCCUGAUGCAGCUGCAGCGGAUUUGUAACCACCCUGAUCUGAUAAACCCCCGGCUUUCAAGCUCCUCUUUUGUGUCACAAACACUGGAGUACAGAACUGCCUCUCUGGUGCUGCGAGCCCUGGAAAGGGAUAUCUGGAAGGAAUCAGACCUGUCCCUUUUUGAUCUGAUUGGAAUGGAAGACAAAAUGACUCAUUAUGAAGCACAAAUGUUGCCAAAACAAAAGGUUACUAGAAAGUUGAUUGAAGAAAUCUACAGCUCCCCUCCACCACCGGCAAGGCCCAACCCAGUGAAGCUCAAACCAAGCAGGUUGUUCCAGCCCGUUCAGUAUGGUCAGAAGCCCGAGGGCAGGACUGUGGUUUUCCCAAGCACUCAGGUCCAGCGCACGGUGACCACGGCGACGGUGACUCAGCAGGGCCAAGUGCGAGGCAGAUCCCCCAUAGCCACGGUGUCUUCAAAUCAAGCCGCAGCAGCACAGUUUCAGACAACUCAGGCUUCCACCAGUGCUCCAAGACACCAGCCCGCAGCGACCUUCACCACAGCAACUAGCGCAGCCAACGCUGUGAAACCGCGGGGCCAGACCUCUGCGCCGGCCCCGCAGCCGGGCCAGCCCCAGCCACAGCCCCCCCCGCACACCAUCCAACAGAGUGUGCUGCCUCAGAGGCUCGUACUGACCUCUCAGGCCCAGGCACGGUUGCCUAGUGGUGAGGUAGUAAAAAUAGCCCAGCUGGCUUCUAUAGCAGGAGCACAAGGCAGGAUUGCCCAGCCAGAGACCCCAGUGACUCUGCAGUUCCAAGGGAACAAGUUCACUUUGUCACACAGUCAACUCCGCCAGCUCACUGCAGGGCAGCCCCUGCAGCUACAAGGAAGUGUCCUUCAGAUUGUGUCAGCUCCUGGGCAGCAGUACCUGCGGCCCCAGGGCCCCGUGGUGAUGCAGACGGUUUCCCAGGCAGGGACUGUGCAGAACGCCCUCAACGCUUUGGGAAACCAGCACCAGGCAGGAGUCCCAACUUCCACUGCAGUCACACAGCAAGUUUGUAUUCCAGGUAGAGCUACAGUUACUAACUUGCCAUCUGGUGACAUGGGAGCAGUGUUAAAACCAGCACCUUUGCACGGACAGUCACAGGAGACGUUCGAGGAGAAGAACCGGCUCUUGAAGGAGCGCCUGGACAGGAUCUUCUGCGGCAACGAGCGCCGCUGCUCGCGGGCCCCGGUGUACGGCCAGGACGUGCUGAGGGUUUGCUCCCUGGCUGGGGACAGAAGGGGCUUCCAGCUGCCUCCCAGUGAGGGCAACAGCUGGAGAUGGGCUGGCUUUGUCAACUGCUGCCUUUCCUCAAGUGCCUCCGGAGGCCCAAGUAACCCCCUGCGGGAAAUGAUCCUGGGUUUGGUUCAGCAACAGGAAUCUCUAAGGGAUCUUACUAACAGGGCUCUCUUCGUGUUGCCAGCUGCAGUUGCUGCUCCUCCAUGUUUCUAUGUAGCAAAUCCUCCCCCUUCAUACAGUCACAGGCUGAAACUCCUCAAGCACAGCCUGAGGCAGAAGGCAGCUCCACACUUGCACCAGUUGCAACAGCUGACAACUCCUCACUUGCUGCAGUUCCCUGACCUCCGGCUGGUGCAGUAUGACUCAGGAAAGUUAGAAGCUCUUGCUGUCUUGCUUCAGAAGUUGAAAUCUGAAGGGCGCCGUGUGCUGAUUUUGUCGCAGAUGAUUCUGAUGCUGGACAUACUGGAGUUGUUCCUGAAUUUCCAUUUCCUCACCUUUGUGAGGAUUGAUGAAUAUGCCAACCAGGAACAACGACAGGAGCUGAUGAAGAUUUUCAACAGAGACAAGCGCAUUUUCUGUGCCAUCCUCUCCUCUCACAGCCGUUCCACAGGGGUCAAUCUUGUCGAGGCUGACACUGUUGUGUUCUAUGACAAUGAUCUGAACCCAGUGAUGGAUGCAAAAGCUCAGGAAUGGUGUGACAGAAUUGGGAGAUGUAAAGAUAUCCAUAUAUACAGGCUUGUCAGUGGUAACUCUGUAGAAGAGAAACUCUUGAAAAAUGGCACAAAGGACUUGAUCAGAGAAGUAGCUGCUCAGGGAAAUGAUUAUUCAAUGGCCUUUUUAACACAGCAAACAAUUCAGGAAUUGUUUGAGGUUCAUUCUCCUAUGGAGGAUUCUGGAUUUAGAGUGAAAGCAGAAGAAUUUGUGGUACUUUCUCAAGAACCAUCUCCAGCAGAAAAUAUUUCACCGAAAGUUGCAAGACCAUUCAUAGAGGCCCUCAACAGCAUUGAACGAGAGGAUGAGGAGUCAAAUGAUCACAUAGAAGAAAUAGGAUCUGAGUCAAGCAUUGAACCUUUAAUCUCAGAGCUCUGCGAGACAAAAUACAAUGAGGAGCCCUCACAGCUGCAGGAGUUAGUUGCUGUUGUGGAUCAGCUGACUCCGAUUGAGAAGUACGCUUUGAAUUAUCUGGAGCUCUUCCACGGUUCAGUUGAUGACAAUGAGCCACGGUUGAGUGAGAUGGAACUGAAAACUGCAAAGAAAGCCUGGGAAGUCCAGCAUAUGAAGGAAUUAAAGGAAAGAGAGCAAAAAAUGCUUUGGGAGGAUGAAGAGGAACUUCUAACCUACACUCGGGAGGAUGCGUACAACAAAGAGUAUGUAUAUGAAGGUCCAGAUGGACAAACUGAAAUUAUGCCACUCUGGACUCCUCCUACUCCACCUCAGGAUGACAAUGAUAUCUACAUAGAUUCUGUUAUGUGCCUGAUGUAUGAUACCACCCCUAUUCCAGAGUCAAAAUUGCCUCCAGUGUACGUCAGGAAGGAGCGCAAACGACACAAAACAGAUCCCUCUGCAGCAGGCAGAAAGAAGAAGCAGCGUCAUGGGGAGACAGUUAUCCCACCCCGGUCACUCUUUGAUCGAGCCACUCCAGGAAUGCUGAAAAUGCGCCGAGAGGGCAAAGAGCAGAAGAAGAACAUCUUGUUGAAACAGCAGACACAGUUUGCAAAGCCUUUGCCAACUCUUGUCAAACCAGCUACUGAGGCUGGACAGGAUAAUCCAGAGUGGUUGAUCAGUGAAGACUGGGCCCUUCUGCAGGCAGUGAAGCAGCUGCUGGAGCUUCCUUUAAACCUUGCUGUUGUGUCACCAGCACACACUCCCAACUGGGACCUGGUCAGUGAUGUUGUAAACUCCUGCAGCAGAGUCUAUCGCUCGCCCAAGCAGUGCCGCAACCGAUACGAGAAUGUCAUAAUCCCCCGGGAGGAGGGAAAGCUAAUGUACGAAGCUAAUCCUAAAAAGAAGACAAAAAGUAUUUAUAAGACUAAAAACAGUCGCCCGCUUCGUACCAAUCAGAUCUAUGCUCAAGAUGAGGGUGCAACCCACACACAGCUUUAUACUAAUCAUUUUGAAAUGAUGAAAAUGAUUGCAGGGAAAAGAAGUCCACCUAUCAAACCUCUACUUGGCAUGAAUCCUUUCCAGAAGAAUCCAAAGCAUGCAUCGGUGCUUGCAGAAAGUGGAAUCAACUAUGAUAAACCCCUCCCUCCAAUUCAAGUCGCGUCCCUCCGAGCAGAACGCAUUGCCAAAGAGAAAAAGGCGCUGGCGGAGCAGCAGAGGGCCCAGCAGCAGACGGGCCCCCAGCCCCAGCAGCCCCAGGCGGGGCAGCAGCCCCCCCAGCAGCCCCCCGUGCAGCAGGCACAGGCCCAGCCACAGCCACAGCCACAGGCACAGGUAGUUCAGCAGCCACAGGCAGUGGUGCAGACUGCAGUCACUACUGUGGCCAACACAGCAGUAUUGGCAGGCAACAUCAAAACAGCGGUGACGGGGACGAGCAUCCAGACUGCUACAGUGAGUGGAAAUGUGAUUGUGAACACUGUUGCUGGGGUCCCUGCUGCUACCUUCCAGCCCAUCAAUAAACGUCUGGCCUCACCUGUUAUACCUGGGACGCUGACUACCUCGGGAGGCACCGCCACGGCCCAGGUUGUUCACAGCCAGCCGCGCGCGGCCGCGGCGCCGGCGGCGUCCAGCGAGCUGGUGACCAUCGCCUCCACGCAGGGCGUGCGCGCCGUGACGUCCGUGACGGCCUCGGCCGUGGUCACCACCAACCUCACGCCUGUGCAGACCCAGACAAGGUCUCUGGUGACACAGGUCACACCAGCUACACCAACAGUCCAACUGCCAGGCAAAACCAUCACCCCUGCUCACUUCCAACUUCUGAGACAACAGCAGCAGCAGGCUGCUCAGGUGCAGGUCCCACAGAUCCAGGCUCAAGCACAAGCCCAGUCUCCAGCUCAAAUAAAAACUGUAGGGAAAUUGUCACAGGAGCAGCUGAUCAAGUUGCAGAAGCAGAAGCUGCAGCUCCCGCAGCAGCAGGCAGCACAGCAGACACAGCAAGGGGCACAGCAGCAAACAGCACAAGUGCAGGUGCAGCAGCAGCAGCAGACCCAGCAGCUCACUGCUGUCACAGCCCCUCGUCCUGGCGCGGUCCUCACGGGCACUACGGUCACCAACCUGCAAGUGGCACGCCUGACUCGUGUUCCUGCUUCCCAGCUCCAAGCACAAGGACAGAUCCAGGCCCAGACUCCACAAGCAGCACAAGUUGCUCUGGCAAAGCCUCCAGUGGUGUCUGUUCCAGCUGCUGUUGUGUCAUCUGCAGGAGUCACCACGCUCCCUGUGACUGUGGCAGGCAUUAGUGUUGCCAUUGGGCAGCCACAGAAAGCAGCAGGGGGCCAGACAGUAGUUGCACAGCCACUGCAUGUCCAGCAGCUGCUAAAACUCAAGCACCACCAAGCAGCCCAGCAGCAGAAAGCCAUCCAGCCCCAGGUUGCACAGGGACAAGCUACUGUGCAGCAAAAGAUAAAUGCUCAACAGGUUACAGUCCAGACCCAACAGCAGACUUCACAGCAGCAAAAAGUAACUUAUGCUACACAGCCUGCCAUUAAAACACAGUUCUUAACAACUCCAAUUUCCCAAACCCAGAAACCAGGUGGAACCCAGCAAGUGCAGGCCCAGAUUCAGGUACAGGUUGCAAAACUCCCACAAGUGGUCCAGCAACAGGCUACUGUUGCCAACAUUCAGCAGAUGGUUUCAGUUUCCCAACAGGUACAAGCUCAGCCCCAAACUGUGACCCUUUCUCAGACGACAGCAGGUCAACAGCAGGUUCAGGUGAUCCCUGCAACCACUGCUACUGCCCAGGUGGUGCAGCAGAAACUGAUCCAGCAGCAGGUGGUGACCACAGCGUCUCCCCAGGUUCAGGCUCCAGGUGUACAGAACCCAGCCCAGGCACCAGCAACACCUGAAGCCCAGAGUCAGCAAGCAAAAGUGCAGAUGAGGACACCGACUGUCAGAUUGAAGGCACCUACUAAACCAAGUUGAACUAUUGCAAUAACAGGGAAACACAGCAUUUUGUGUUUGCUGAGACAAGUGAGAAGCUACUCCAAACAUCCAAAUGAAGACAAAACACCUCUAUUUUUUUUUUUUUUUUUUUUUUUUUUUUUUUUUUUUUUUUUUUUUUUUUUGUAGCAGAAAGUUUCUUGCUGGUGAACAUUUAAACAUGGAAACUCACAUGUAACUUCAGUGUAUUAGCAACUGUUUAGCACUCAAACUCUGUACAAGAUGCAUUCUGCCUGUGUUUUCUGUGCUCAUUCAAACCAGAUAAAGCAAGCAUUACUUAGGUUGAAAUUCUGCCCAGCUUCUCAAAAGUGAAAUGGUGAUUUGCCAUAAAUGUCAGUAAAAUCCAUCUGUGUUGGAAGACCACACCUGCCUGUGGGAGUGUGCAGCUCCUUGCUGUUAGUUCAGUGUGUGCUCAGUGCCCACAGUGAGGCCACGCAAAGAACCAGGUGUGGUUGAUACAGCACAGUAUUUUCCAUCUGUACAAAAGCUCUGUGUUGUUCUUCCCUGUGGUAAAUGCCCCUGGAAGAUCUAACACAGACUUGAAGUGCUCCCUGCAAAUUUUAUCCAAUAAAUGUGAAAACCUGUAAGUAUAUGUAAUUAAAAAGGAAAAAGAAAGGUUUCAUUCUCCAUUUUUGUAAGUCUUUUAAAAUGUUUGUUGGUAGGUUUUGUGUACAGUUUACUGAAUCACCCAACCUGUGUGUUCAUUCUCAUAUUUCACUUUAAAAUAGUGAAUAUUUUAGGCAUGAGCUGAGUAAAUACUGUGUUGAUAGUAGGUGUGUAUUAAAGUGUAGCCCAUUUUUUUUUGUAAAAGAAUUGUUCAGUAGAUACAGCUAAACAGAUGAUCCAUAGCUGUUUCUCAUGGGACUUCUGUCACGAAAAAUCUCCAGCUGAUAAAAUCUAAUCUCUCAGUUUCA